CGGCGCCUCUAUAUAUUUUCUAUCUCAAUGAGUGCUGUGUGUCACCUGUCAUCAGUCAUACUAUCAAUUCUGUCAAAAAUAAUGUAUUGUAGUGCAAUGCAAUGCAAUACAGUUGGGGUUAUAUUAAUAAAAUCGAGUAUAAGUGCAACCAAAGCAACAUAAUUAUUUGUAAAUUGCAGUGACAGCAUUAUUUGCCGAUGCAAAAUAUAUAAUUUUUACGUACUAGUAAUAUAAAAUGGGUGGUAAAUCAAAACAAAGUCAAAGGACUAAAAAUAAUGCAAAGCCUUCAAGCAGCAGUCGUAGUGCAGAACUUCUUAAUAGUGGCAUAAGCCUAGACACUAGCGUCAUAACUCUUGGUGGUGGAAAAUCUCUUCCACCAUUGUUCCCAACGUUAGCCACAGCUAAUCUUGAACAAGGACUCAACCCAGAAUUUCAGAUAUGUUUUAAGAAGCUCACCAAGAAAGAUCCAGUUACCAGAGCCAAGGCAUUACAAGAUCUAUGCGAACUAGUGAACAAUGGUGACAUAGAAGAUGUCGUGGCUGCCCUGCCAACCUGGGCGCACUAUUAUAGAAUUCUUACUACAGACCUUGACCGCAAAGUUCGCGAGAUGACACAGGUGUGCCAGGGCGCGGUGGUGGGCGCGUGCGGGCGGCGCACGGCGCCUGCGCUGCGCGCGCUGCUGCCGGCCUGGCUGCAGGCGCAGUACGACGACCACGCGCCCGCCGCAGCGCAGGCGCGCCGCGCGCUCGCACAAACAUUUCCUGAUGCCAAGUUACCCGAAGUGAUUUCGUUCUGCAAGGCGGAAGUGAUGACCCAUCUACUUGACAACCUUAUAGGUAAUACGGGAGCAGUCAUAAGCAAGAGAAUACAGAACGUAGAAGAACGAGAAUUGCAAAUGAACCGUAUCCUCGCGAGCAGCCUACAAGGCCUGCAAUGCUUCCUGGUGCACCUGCCUCCGGCCCACGACGACUGGCUGUGGGCCGAGCUGGAGCCCCUGCUGCAGUCCGCCGCCUUCUGGAAGCUGGCCGACGGCUGUCCGGCAGUGAGGGCGGCGUGGCUGGCGGGCGCGGGACAGCUGGCGGCGCGCGGCGGGGCGCGGCUGGGCGCGGCGCGCGCCCGCCGCCUGCUGGCCGCCAUGCUGCGCGCGCCGCCUGCCGCCGCGCCCGCGCUCUGGCCCGCGCUGCUCAUGUUCCUGCACCACGUGCCGGACUGGCACAUGUACUUGGACGACAAAGAGUUGCUCGUACGAAGAUUACUGGACUUGUUAGAGAACGGCGGGUGGGGGGAUGGGCGCCAGCUCUCCAAUAUGCUACUGCUUCUGCUGGCGCAUCUACCACAGGACCUCGUCAAUAAGGAUUUUUAUGAAGGCUUUUUCAAUGCUGUUUUGGCUGGACUUGAAAAGAAAAAUGUAUUGAAUUCCAAAAGUGAAAGGCAGCUGUGGAUAACGACUUUGUCGGAAUGCUUACGUUACUUGUCCAUACAGCAAUAUGAAUACGUGUUGGAGGUUGUCACCAAUGUGCACAGAACGUGGCUGGCCAGGGUGCUGUCUACGCUACACGAUGGACAGACCAGAACCAACCUAAUAAAGCACUCUGCCAGCUGCAUGACCUCCCUCGUAAAAUAUUGGCUCAAGCAAUCCAAUGAACAGAAAUCUGAGAAAUAUGACCAGCUCGUGCGGAACUUCUGGCAAAACAUAGGCUCCACGGUCUUGGCUCAAAUCGAUAAAUCUGGAGACGACGUGAAUGAAGUGAUCCAGCUGAUGGAAGGGCACAUUCUGUUGUUGCAAACCUUAAAGACUUCGUUCUCACAGGAAACUAAAAAACAACUGAACAUAAAGUUCGACGACGAAGAGCCCAACGUCCCUGUAAAGAGCGAGUCGGCGCGCGAGCCUGCCCCGGCGGCGGGCGACGAGGCGCGCUACCGGCGCAGCCUGCAGCAGCUGGGCACGGCGCUGGCCGCCGCCUACCUGGCCGCCGCCGCGCGCCGCCUCGCGCCCGCCUUGCUGCCGCCGCUGCUCACUCUGCUACUGGCCUUCGAUGCCGAGGACCUGUUCGUGGCGCUGGCCCGCCAGUUCGACCAGCCCUCGGUGGCCGCGUUCUAUCACAACGUGCUGCUGGGCUGGCUCUCCGAGGACGACAUGCGCUGCGAGGCGCUCGUGGAUAUCGUCUUCCUCAUGACCAAGUACAUGACUGAGCAAGAACAGGACGAUAUGUUUGACACGUUCCAACAGCUGGCCCCGGAGGCGGUGGAGUGGUGCGUCAGUGUGUGCGUGCGGCACCCGCAGUGCGGGCGGCGCGCGGCGCGGCGCUGGCUGGCCGGGCCCGUCGUCGGCGCCGCCCUGCGCGCGCUGGCCGCCCGCGCCGCGCCCGCCGCGCCCGCGCCGCCCGACCCCCGCGCCGCCGCCUUGCUGCUCGCCUGCGUUGCCGAUGCACCUACAGGAGAGCUGCUGGUGAGCGAGAGCAGUGUGAGCGACGUGGUGGACAUAGUGUGCAGCGCGCUGGAGGCGGCCCCGGGCGACGGGGGCGACGUGCUCGAGAGCUGCGCCAUGCUGGGCGCGCGCCUGGCCACGGCCCAGCCGCGCCGCGCCGCCCGUCUGGCGCUGCCGCUGCUGCUCCUCAACGCGCGGCUGCCGCUGGGCGCGGCGCUGUCGUGCGGCACGUGGCGCGAGGUGCGCUCGUCGUGGCAAGACUGCGGCGCCGCGCUGGCGCCCGCCGCGCGCGCCCGCUGGCUGCCCCGCGCCGCGCGCGCCAUGCGAGCGCUGCUGCACACAACGAGCGACCGUCUUUUGGACGCGACAGAAAUAGAUAACGUGUUGUGCCUAUGCCCGUACCUGUUCAAGCGAUGCGACGAGGGCGACGAGCCCGUGGACGUGGCCGCCGUGGCCCUGUUCACGCAGCACCUGCUGCCAGCGGCGCCGGCGCGCGCCCGCCUGCAGUACUGCGCGCUGCGCUACCUGGCAGUCACGGCGCAACUCAACUGUAUUUUCGACGACGACGAAAUCAUGGCGGCUAUCAUCAAAGACGCGCACGCAACUGAUGUGAAAGACAUCUGCAAGGAAGACUUUCUGAGUUACGCUAACGAAAUCCUUUUGCGGGCGAUAUAUUUCCGAAUUAUGAUUUCGCACAAGUCGAGCUCGCCGGACGACGACGACACUGCGACCGACACAAGUUGGUGUGACGAGCUACUGGCUGACGACUACCUGCUGGCCGGAUUCUGCGAGGUCAUGUACCACUACGCUGUCAUCGAAACACUGCACGAGGCGUACGCAUUCUGGGCCGAGCACCACCUGCUGCGGGCCGCGCUGGCCGCGCUGCGAGCCGCGCUGGCGCCCGUGCUGGCCGCGUCGCCGGCGCCGGGGCUGCAGCGCGCGGCGCGGGCGCUGGCGCGGCGGGCGCUGGAGGCCGGCUACUUCUGGGCGCUGGCGCAGCGCGCACUGCACCGCCUCGCGCCCGCCCUGGGGGCCUACGCCGACACCUGCGAGGCGGAGGACUUCAUGUCUGGGAACGGAUUUUUCCACAGCUUGCAGGUACGCGAGGCGGGCCGGGCGGGCGAGACAGACGAGAAAGCCGCGGAAGCGGAGCUGAACGUGAAGCUGGUCGUAGCGCUGCGCAGCUGGAGCGCGGCGGUGGGCACGCCCAUACAGCAGGACCAGGAGGGCGCCUCGCGGGACCUCGACCUGUUCGUCACCGCAUACUACGCGCAGCCCUCCGCGAUGCUCUUUGACAGGAAUUUGUCGGAGUGCUCGUGGCUGGAGAUAGCGAGCAAGGCGGCCGUGCUGGAGCUGAUGGCGAGCACGGUGGCGGCGCGCGGCUGGGAGGCCAGCGCGGCGCAGUGGGACUUCGUGAACAUCGCGCUGUGCUCGCUGCUGGGCGCGGCGCGGCGCGGGCUGGCGCACUGGGGCAGCGCGGCGCUGGCCGCGCUGGCGGUGCCGGCGCUGCGCCUGUUGCGCGCGACGGCCGCCUUCGUGCGCGCCGUGCCCGCGCGCGCCCAGCGCGCCCAGCCCGCGCCGCACGUGGCGGGGCUGCCCCGCGAGUGGGCCGACAUCUUCGCGCCCGACCUCAACUACAACCUCUUCUCCAUCAUCCUGCACGUGCUCGAGUGCUGCGAGGGCUCGAUGACAAGCCCGCAGGUGGAGGUGCUGGGCGAGCUCAUCCAGUGCGCGCCCCUGCUGCAGUGGGACGCGCUGGCGGGCGAGCACCGCGCCGGGCCGGCCGCGCCGCUGGGCCUGCAGCGCCUGGCGCGCGCCGCCGCCGACGCCCUGGCCAGCGCCGCGCCGCCGCCGCUGCUGCAGCUGGCGCAUGCUACGCUGCUGGCGCUGGCGCGCCCCCUCGUGCUGGACGACGCCGAGCGCCUCGCCGCCUGGAGCGCGCCCGAGCCCGAGUCCGACGCAACAGAGGAGCGGCCCACGCCCACGCUGUGCCUGGACUACCUACAUCCCGCUUUCACUGCCGGCCACGAGUUGCUGGACGCUGCGCUCGGCUCCGUCGUGGUGGGCGAGGGCACGUGCGAGCUGGUGGCCGGGUCGGACUCGUACUGCGUGGCGCUGGGCUGGCUGCUGCUGGUGGACGCGCAGGCCGAGCUGUGCGAGCUGGCGCGCGGCGACCUGGCGCAGCAGUACGCGCAGCAGCACCGCUCACGGCGCUACGCCGAGCCCGUGCUCACGGCGGCGCUGCGUCUGCUGCCGCCCGCGCUGCUACAGCACGGCGGCGACGGCGCGGACGCGGCGCCGGCCCCGCAGCUGGCGGCCGCCUUCGAGCGCCGGCCGCAGUACGGCGUGCGGGUGGCGGAGCGCGCCGAGCACGUGAGCGCGCUGGCGUGCCGCGCGCUGUACCGGCUGCUGGACGGCGCGGGCGCGGCGGGCGCGCGCGGCUGGUGGGGCGCGGCGCCCACGCGCGCGGCGCGCCUGCUGGAGCGCGUCGUGUGCCAGUACGUGGCGCCGCGCGCCGUGCGCCUCCAGCUGCAAGACCUGCAGGCGCACGCCGCCGACCUGGACGACGUCGAGGUCGGCCACCUAGCUUUUACAUUAUUCACUUAA